AUGCCCGACGUCGAAGAGAAAACCCUCAAGGACUUCACUGCUCUCAAGGAGCGCAACCCACAUGUUGUUCUUGGUGUCUCCCUCGGAGGUUGGACAUUCAACGACAAUAAGACCGACACACAAAAGGUCUUUGCUGAGAUAGCCUCCAAGGAGGAUAACCGUUCCAAGUUCAUCGACAAGCUUCUUUCCUUCAUGCGCCACUAUGGCUUUGACGCUGUCGACAUUGACUGGGAGUACCCAGGUGCUCCAGAUCGACAGCCUAAAGACUGGGACUCCAAGGACGACGGAAAGAACUACGUGAAGCUCAUGCAAGACAUUCGGAAGGCUUUCGAUGACCAGGAUAUAGAGUACGAGCUCUCCUUCACUGCCCCAACCUCCUAUUGGUACCUCCGCUGGUUCGAGAUCCACGACAGGGUCAAAGCCUCAACUUAUAUGAACUUGAUGAGUUACGAUCUCCACGGUGUUUGGGAUUCUAGCAACCCCAUUGGUAACCACGUCCUCGGGCAUACCAACAUGACGGAGAUUGACCAAGCUUUGGAUCUUCUCUGGAGGAACGAUGUUCCUGCUAAGAAAGUCAACAUGGGUCUCGCCUUCUAUGCACGAACUUUCGAACUGAAGGAUAAGAAAUGCCACAAGCCCGGCUGCAAAUUCAAGCAUGGCGGCAAGAAGGGUGCUUGCACCGAUACUCAGGGUAUCCUUUCUUACAAUGAGAUUGUCGGAAUCAUUGCAGACGAUGACAUCAAGCCGGUCUACGACAAGGAAAACGCAAUCAAAUAUCUCGUCUGGGAUGAGAACCAAUGGAUCUCUUACGAUGAUCAGCAAACAUUCCAACAGAAGAUCAAGCUGUUCAACGAGAGAGGCCUAGGUGGUCUUUUAAUCUGGGCCAUUGAUCAGGAUACCCGCAAUCUCGAUGCUCUUCGUGGUGUUCUGUACCCCGAGGACGUUGUGAUGACGGACAGCAUGAAGGAUGACACCAGCUAUUGGGAAAGCCAACAUCCCGGUGACUGUAGAACUACGGAAUGUGGUAAACACUGUCCUACCGGUACCAUUGAGAUGGACACUUUCAAAUGUCCGGAUGGUGGUGAUAAGGGCGACUCUCGCAUCUGCUGUCCUAUCGCUGCUGCCCCUGACCCAGAUACCUGCCACUGGCGUGGUGGCGAGUCUGGAAUUCUUUGCAAUGGACAAUGCCAUGGUGGUGAAGUGGCCCUGGCCUCGGCCGUAGAUGGAGGCAACGGCCACUGCUCUGAUGGACGUCAAUUCUACUGUUGCCCUAUCCCCGAGGUUGCUGCCGGUGGCGGUAUCAACUGCGGCUGGAAGGAUACAUGCUCGGAUGACCAAGAGCCCUUGACAUUCGCCGGAACAUUCUUGGAAGCUGUCUCCGAUGUGUUGGACUACACUGGACUUUUUGGCCAGGCGCUGGCUGAUUUUCUAGACGAUGUUGACAUGGACAACAUGCGACAAUACUGUUGCUCCAAGGAAGAGAUCAAGAACUGGAAAUACUGCUAUUGGGCUGGGAGAGGUGACCGAUCCGUCUAUAGUUGUGAUGACAACCAUUGCAACACUGGUCACGAGGUUGAGCUUACGCUGAGUCCAUACGGUGAAGGAGAGGACUGUAUGCCAACGUCUCGUCAACGAGCCUUCUGCUGCACACCUGCAAGUGGUGAAUCGCUGUUCAUGCCAGUUCCUUUGGAGUAUCUGUUUGAGAAUCCCCCAGAGAAUGCAGAUGACCCCGACUUCAAUCUCUCGGUAGACGACACCUGGGGCACUGGUGACACUCAAGGCGAUGCUGAUGAAGAGCCUGAAGACGCUGCUUUUGGAUUUGUGGUUAUAACCGCCCCUGAUGAGGUUCAUGUCAGCUUGGAUAAGCGUGAUGGCUCGCCCUGGGAGUUAAUGGACUGCCCCGACAGCGAUAGCGAAGAGGAGCAUACUAUCCGCAUGAUCUGUACCGAUUUCUCCGCGGACAGCAAGUGUGACCACAUUCACCGUGGAAAGGGUGCUCCUGGUACCAUUCUUCAAAUGCCUAGUCGCUGUGGCCCCGGUCGAUAUGCCGUCGCAAAGGAGCUUAAGGAGUCCUAUAACCAGAGUCUCCCGGGUCAUCUGAACAAGCGUGAGCUUGAGGGCAGAUCCGUCUACGACUUGACCUUCGACUACGACUUCAAGCGUGUCCCUCGUGAUUACGGCGAUGCCUUGAUGCGUAUUGACUAUAGUAACCAGCCUGGAUACUGGGACUCUGUUGUCGACAGGCCCGCUAGUGACUCCGAGCGAAAGGCCAAACGCGCAAAGCGGGAUGAAACAGGCUACCACAAGAACCGAAAGCGCUAUCUCGAAGAUGAAUGGCGUGAUGCGUAUCAUCAUGGUGGUAUGGAGCGCCAUGAGGUCCACAAGCGUUGGUUCGGUGAGGAUAUCCUCAACUGGCUCGGUCAAUUGAUCACUACUGGUGAAGCCGAGGCCACCAAGGAGCUCAACCAUAAGGUCAAUGAGAAAGUCGAGCUCCUUCUCAUCGAUCAGCAGUUCGGACCAUGCCCUGUUGGUGGAGCCCAGGCUCAGGCGAAUAUUCGAUCAUCCAUCACAGCCUCGAUUGAUGUUGAGACCUCUUUCGGUAUAACCAUUAUCACCACCCUCAUGGAGGGCAUGGAUCUCAGCAGAUCCUACCUUUACUUCAGAAACGCCGGAGAGGUUGAAGCUAGGUUUGAACUUGACGCCGUUGCUUCUCUGACGUACUCGACCGGUGAUAUCAAGCUGCUCGGUCUCGACGACUUCCCCGGCGCAACCUUCCGCGUGCCUGGAGUUGUUACGGUCGGUCCGAACCUCGCAGUCUAUGCCUCUGCAGAUGCCUCGAUUGUUCUAGCGGGACAUCUGGAAGCAGACGUUACUCUCGCAUCCUGGGAAAUUCAACAGACCUACCCUCAAAACGAUGAAUACCCUGAAAAAGCCCUCGAUGAGCCCGACCGUGAGGCUAAGACCAUUGGCAAGCCCCAUUUCGAUGCCUCUGUCUCUGCCAACGGCGAGAUUGCCUUGCAUCUGAAGCCAACUGUCAGCUUUGGAAUUGACUUCGAUGACCGCUGGAAGAUACCCCGGUGUUCCGUUGAUCUUGUCCUGGAUGGAUAUGUGAUCGGACAUGCGGAAGCUUCCUACUCACUCAACGGGGACAACAGCUGCCCAUUCAGCUAUGGUAUUGAUGCUGGUUCAAAGAUGUACGCUCAGCUUGACGCCCCUGAGGAAUUUGGUUGGGGCGACGAUCUCCGAGUCACGCUCGCAGAGGUGCCCAGGAAGCAAAUCACGCCUUCAACCUGCGUUAGUGAGAAGGGCAAGCGAACUUUGCUGGGCUAUGAAGCAUACAAUUCUUCCGUGGAAGACUCUUCCUCGCGUAGAAAUGAAUACAUGCCUAUGCCUGUUUCUCAUUCCAUUGCCAAGCGUGACACACUUACCCUUGGCCCUCUGGUCACGAUCCCCGAUGACUUCCUUAAUUGCCCUGGUGAGGGUGGGGGAAAGAAUUCUUGCGUGAUGUGCUCAAUGUACGGCACGAAAGUCAGUGACAGCGAUGACUCGAAACGAGAUGUCUCUUCUCUGUUCGGCCGUCACGAUGAUAGUGGUUCUUGUCCUAUCUACCCAUCCCCAGAUAGUGGAAAGUGCUACGAUACAGAUUCGUUCCUUUUCGACCGCGCUUCUGACCCACAAGAGCCUAAAAAGAUGAGUCUCAGCUUCUAUGAUAACAACAAGAAAGUUAUAUAUUUGAGGUAUCCCCGGUGUAACGCAAAGAACGACGGGCCGACGGGUGUGGCGAAGUGGUAUCUUCCCGAGUUUAUGCUAUCCAGCUCACAAGAUAUCAACGACAACAGAAGGUGCUCGGCAAAGACAACAAAGGAAAACUCCGUCAAGGGAGCGAACAAUGCAUACCUCAUUGACGGCAAUAGCAAAUUGCCCGCGAAGGACUUCCGCACGGAGCACGUCUUCGAGGUACAUCUGGUCAAGCAUUUCCUUGAGUGGGUGUGCGGAGGAAAGGAAUCCAAAUAUGGAGGUCUUGGCGAGGUUCCUUUCCCUAAGAAAUGGACACGUCCUGACUCGACUUGGUGCUCGGAGGUGUUUGGAGGUUCUAGCGGCGGAAUGACUUGGUCGAGAAAUAAUGGGCCCAAAAUGAACUGGGUCCAACAUACCGCUGAAUUCCUCGGAAAUGGCCAAUCGCUUGACCUGCUCGUUAUGUAUCACGAAAAGCCCAACGGAGUCAAAGAGGUUAUUACCGAAGGAAGGAAGUCUAGCCUCCCUAAGGACGACCCCAGCAACGGUUACAUCGUUGAGCCAAAAGAGAUAGCGGACAAGGUCAUGAUGACUGCUACUGUUUGGAACUAUCUGCAGGAAUUUAGCGACAAGUGGGCCAAGCCCAGUCAGAACAUCGAAUUGAUCUCGGACGAAUUCGACCAUGAAUAUACCCGCCAAUAUUCCCAGAACAAGCCAAACGGACAGGCCCUCAAGCCAGACGAUACCCCCCGGGGCCUCAAACACUGGGGUCUGCGUACCCUAUGGGCCUACUGGAUUGACAACCAUCUGGCUAAGAUUGAGCAGAUUCAGGCGGAUUGGCACAAGACCGCUAAGGACCAGAUCAGUUCCAUAAAAGAUAAGACGGACCCGAAAAAGACAGACGCUGUCGCGAAGAAGUUCGCAGACAUCACCAUGACUACUGGAGACGCAGCAGUGGGAAAAUUCAAGUUCCCAACGUCCAAUGCGGGUAAACCGCUUCCUGGUACUGCGACAAGUGCAUCAAAUGACGAAAGCAAGUACGGAAUGUGGGGAGGCAACCAGCUAGGAAAGCUGGGCCUGUAG